AGAAGGGGGAUUUAUAAGCCCACACUCGUCCAACUUCAUAAUACAGUCCAGUUGAACCACACACGCACCAUCUGUUGUCGAUGUUAAAAAAAUAUUACUCGAGAGAUCUAUUCUUCGGUGGUAAAAUUAAUAAUUACUCGAGAGGAGUUGUAUCGGCGGUUCGAUAAUUUCGAUAGGUGGUGUCGGGAAAAUUAUAUUAUCGGUUUUUCCGCGAAAAACCGUUUCGUUCUCUUUCUUUGUUAUGUGACAGUGUGUUUUAUUGGUGGUGGAAAUUAGUGUGUGAAUAUGGUUGUUAAUAAAAUCAGUAACAUGCCAGUGCAGCCGAAUUUGAAUAUGCGGCGCAUAUUUUUCAAUCGAAAGAUGGCGAGCGAAUCUCCCACGGACAACAAUGCAAAUGGAAAUGAACCGAACAUACCGACAAUCAUAAAAAACCCAUCAAGGACGAUGGUGACCACGACUUCGUUGCAGACGAACCAAACAAGUACCACGACCACCAGAGUAAGCAAAGUAUCAAGCAGUUCCUCUGCUACAAGCCAACGAAGACAAAUAACUACAGAUCUAAAAGCGUCCAAUAUGAAAAACGACCUAGUCGACUUCAAAAACAACAUCAACGAUAUGAAGAGCAGCUUACCCAACACUUUGAUCCAACUCAGAAAUUCGUUGGAAAAUUUGGUGGAUGCCGACGACGACAGCGAUCCCAUCGUGACUUUUCCCGACGAUACCCCUGUACCCUCCGAAGUCAGCUCGCCCACCAACACGUUGGACACCCUCAAGUUCGAACAGAAAACCAUGAACAACUUCACGCAUACCAAGGUGAUGAAGGACGGUGUCAGCGCCGAAAAGGAGAGCGCUAAAGUAGCCGAGAUGAAGAAAAUACGCACAGGCGACGUUUCGUACGAGGAAAACAACGCAGCGGCAGCGACGCGAGCCAGAGUCGAAUUCGACGGCGUGUCGGCCGAGAAAAGCCAAGUUACAGCCAAAGAAGCUAGAUCGCUCAAAGCGGGUGAAUUGAGUCAACAAGAAUCCAAGAGUAUGGCGCAAACCAACAUGAAAUUGACCACAGACCAAUUCAGCAGCGAACGAACAGCGAUGGAAUCGCAGCAACAAAGACAGACGGUGACGGCUAGCGGGUUUUACAAUCAGGAGAAGCAAAGUUCUAGCACAAGCACAAUUUACACAUCCUCCGUAAAAGGUUCGGCGGCGUCCAUGUUGACGGCGCACAGACAGUUUCAUCUAAUGAACGGAACGCCGGAAGAAGCGAUCCUCAACACCUCCCUAGAAGACCUAGAAAGUCUAACAGCACAAUCAGACAUACACGACAUCGAGCGAGCGAAGCACAAAUACUCGACAUACCUGGACGAAUCAAUAAAGUGUCUGCAGAAACUAGAACAGAGCAAAGAAGCGCCAUUAGUACUGGACAAAAUCAACGACGUAAUGCGCAAAGCUUGGGCAGUACCGACAUACGGCCACGAAUUGGGCUACGCCCUGUGCAACGCUUUAAGAAACAGCGGUGGUUUGGAUCUCAUCAUGCAGAACUGCACCAAAUCGAAUGCGAACCUCCAGUUCUCGAGCGCUAAGCUCUUGGAACAAUGUUUGACCGCUGAAAAUAGAGCCCACGUGGUAGAACACGGAUUGGAUAAAGUAGUGAACGUAGCCUGCGUCUGCACGAAACAACCUAAUUCAGUACAGCACUCCAGAGUGGGUACCGGCAUCCUAGAGCACUUGUUCAAGCACAGCGAAGAGACUUGCAGAGACGUUGUAAGGCUAGGCGGUCUUGAUGCCUUGCUAUUCGAAUGCAGAAAGAGCGAUAUAGAAACUUUAAGGCACUGCGCUGGAGCUCUAGCCAAUCUCAGCUUGUACGGCGGCGCCGAAAACCAAGAAGCCAUGAUCAAAAGGAAGGUACCGAUGUGGUUAUUCCCGUUAGCGUUCCACAACGACGACAACAUUAAAUACUACGCCUGUCUCGCCAUAACAGUACUGGUAGCGAACCCCGAAAUCGAAGCACAAGUACUACAAUCCGGUACUCUAGGCCUCGUCGAACCUUUCGUCACCACGCACAACCCCUCCGAAUUCGCCAAAUCGAAUUUAGCGCACGCUCACGGCCAAAGCAAAACCUGGUUGAAGAACCUGGUACCCGUGCUAAGCUCGAAACGAGAAGAAGCUAGAAACCUGGCCGCUUUCCAUUUCUGCAUGGAAGCAGGCAUCAAGAAGCAGCAAGGAAACACCAGCAUGUUCACGGAAAUCGGGGCAGUGGAGUCCCUCAAAAAGGUGGCGAGCUGCCCGAACGCCGUCGCAUCAAAGUACGCCGCUCAAGCGUUGAGAUUGAUCGGCGAAGAGGUACCGCACAAAUUAAGCCAGCAAGUACCGUUGUGGUCGGCUGAAGACGUAGAGGAAUGGGUGAAACAAAUCGGUUUUCCGGAUAUAGCCAGCAGUUUCGUGGAUAGUCGAGUGGACGGGGAUCUGCUACUCCAACUCACCGAAGAAAAUCUCAGAGACGAUAUCGGUUUGAGGAAUGGAAUCAAACGGAAAAGGUUCACGCGAGAACUCCAACAACUGAAAAAGAUGGCCGACUACACCUCCAAAGACACGGCCAACAUCAACACCUUCCUCCAAUCCCUCGGUCCGGAAUUCUCCAUAUACACCUACAGCUUCUUAAACGCCGGAGUAGAGAAAAAAGACUACCUUCGAAACAUAUCCGAGGACCAGCUCCUGGAAGAGUGCGGCAUCAAGAAUUCCAUCCAUCGGUAUCGAAUUAUGGAAGGCAUUCGCCAAUUGGAGAACGGUUUUGCCAACGGCAUGAGCGAGGACAACAUGGAUAAAUCUCUGGACGUCUUCGUUAGCUACAGAAGGUCCAACGGCUCGCAGUUGGCCAGCUUGCUCAAGGUCCACCUGCAGUUGCGCGGCUUCAGCGUAUUCAUCGACGUGGAGCGAUUGGAGGCCGGGAAGUUCGACAACAACUUACUGCAGAGCAUCCAGAAGGCCAAGCACUUUUUGCUCGUUUUGACGCCCAACGCCUUGGAGCGGUGCGUGGGAGACCACGAAAGGAAAGACUGGGUUCAUAGGGAAAUAUGCGCAGCUCUGUCGGCUAAUUGUAACAUAAUUCCGAUCAUCGACAACUUCAAUUUUCCGGAACCCGACGACCUACCGGAAGAUAUGAGGCAGGUGUGCCAUUUCAACGCCGUCAAAUGGAUUCACGACUAUCAGGACGCAUGCGUGGACAAACUAGAAAGGUUCAUGCGCGGCGAAAUGAAUCCACGAAUGGGCGACGGCAUGAUGCGAGUAGGUCUGACGAAAGGCGACAUCACUCCCGGCACCCCCUCGAAUCCAGGAAUGGUUAGGCAGCCGCCCAACUACCAGCGCAUGCACAGCAACGACUCCGGCAGCGGGAAGAGUUCGGAUAAGGACGUGAACGGCAACGCUGGCCUAACGAGAGAUUGACUAGAUGGCCCCUACGUCUCGGGCACGCCCACACCUCUGCCUAGAUUCUGCAAGGCGAAUAGUCCGUCCAGGAACUGGAUCAUCAAUUCCAACAAAUUCACCGGCGGCCGACCGCCGUACCCCCGCAGGGGCUCCAACACGCCCGUCUCAUCGUUGGCGCUCAACAGCUAUCCCCCCUUGCCCCCGAACAGAUCUCGCAGCCUCGACGGCCUGCUGGACUCGACAGAGCCGAUCGCGGCCGUUUCAGAAGCGACAAUACACGACCAAGUUCCGUCCAAGAGUUGCGACAACAUCGACAGAGACUCGAGCGACAGCAGCGACAAAGAGACUGACCCUAAUAGUUUAAGUAAUAAAGUGGACAAUUUUCUGGACGCCGCGGAUAGUGAUAACGACAAAAGUUCGAUUUACAGUAAUUCGAGCGAUUCCAAACGGAAGAGGAAUUUCAUGGACAGGUGCGUCAAUAAAGUACGAUCUUUCAUUAAAAAAUAAGUAACGAGGUUUGUCGAUUUGACAUGAUAGGGCCGAAUUUUGCGACGGGAGAUGUCAAUGAUGACUGAUGGCAGGAGUCGAGAACUAUCGAUAACAAUCGAUUAUUUUGAGUAUCGAUAGUAUUUUUUUCAAACUGAUCAGACUGAUUAUGAUUUUAAGGCUGGG